GAGUCAGGGUUUCGGAGAUGACGACGAUGGAGAGCUUGAUCGGUCUGGUGAACCGCAUUCAGAGGGCGUGCACGGUGCUGGGCGACCACGGAGGCGCCGACGGCACGCUGCCGACGCUCUGGGAAGCGCUCCCCUCCGUUGCCGUCGUCGGCGGACAGAGUUCGGGGAAAUCGUCGGUAUUGGAGAGCAUCGUUGGGCGUGAUUUUCUGCCCCGUGGUUCUGGUAUCGUGACGAGGAGGCCCUUGGUGCUGCAGCUUCACAAGACAGAGGAAGGCCGUCCAGAAUACGCCGAGUUCCUUCACUUGCCAAACAGGAGAUUCACUGAUUUCUCUCUUGUGCGCAAGGAAAUUCAAGAUGAAACUGACAGGCUAACAGGGAAAACAAAACAAAUUUCUCCUGUCCCCAUUCAUCUUAGCAUUUAUUCGCCAUUUGUUGUGAAUCUAACACUUAUUGACCUUCCUGGUCUAACGAAGGUGGCAGUAGAGGGACAGCCUGAUAGCAUUGUCCAUGAUAUUGAAAAUAUGGUCCAGUCAUAUGUUGAGAAGCCAAAUUGCAUAAUAUUGGCUAUUUCUCCUGCUAAUCAAGAUAUUGCAACAUCUGAUGCCAUCAAACUUGCUAGGGAAGUUGAUCCAACAGGUGAAAGGACUUUUGGAGUAUUGACAAAACUUGAUCUGAUGGAUAAAGGAACAAAUGCACUCGAUGUUCUUGAAGGAAGAGCUUACAGACUUCAGCAUCCUUGGGUUGGUAUUGUUAAUCGUUCGCAAGCAGAUAUUAAUAAGAACAUUGAUAUGAUUGUUGCCAGACGAAAAGAAAAGGAGUAUUUUGCAACUAGUCCAGAGUACUCACAUUUAUCCAGUAAAAUGGGUUCGGAAUAUCUUGCUAAACUUCUUUCAAGGCAUCUGGAGUCUGUAAUCAGGGCACGCAUCCCAAGUAUUACCUCUUUGAUAAACAAAACCAUUGAUGAACUUGAAUCAGAGAUGGAUCACCUUGGUAGGCCCAUCGCUGUGGAUGCAGGGGCUCAAUUGCACACUAUAUUGGAACUUUGCCGUGCAUUUGAUAAGAUAUUCAAGGAGCAUCUAGAUGGAGGGCGUCCUGGUGGUGAUCGAAUUUAUGGGGUAUUUGAUCAUCAACUCCCAGCUGCUUUAAAGAAACUUCCAUUUGACCGACAUCUUUCCCUACAAAAUGUGAGGAAAGUGGUUUCAGAAGCAGAUGGUUAUCAACCCCAUUUGAUUGCUCCUGAGCAAGGUUAUCGUCGCUUAAUUGAGAGUGCUUUGAAUUAUUUUAGGGGCCCAGCCGAAGCAUCAGUUGAUGCUGUGCAUUUUGUUCUUAAAGAGUUGGUGAGGAAGUCCAUAGGGGAGACCCAGGAGUUGAAGAGAUUCCCCUCUCUCCAAGCGGAGCUUGCAGCUGCAUCUCACGAAGCUUUGGAGAGGUUCCGCGAAGAUAGCCGCAAGACGGUAUUGCGGUUGGUUGACAUGGAGGCAUCAUAUUUAACCGUAGAUUUCUUCAGAAAGCUGCCACAGGAGGUGGAGAAAACUGGGAGUCCUGCUGCCCCCACCAUUGAUAGGUACACCGAUGGACACUUGAGGAGGAUAGCUUCAAAUGUUUCCUCCUACAUAUCCAUGGUGUCCCAAACGCUCAAGAACUCGAUUCCAAAGGCAGCAGUCUAUUGUCAAGUUAGAGAAGCCAAGCGCUCUUUGCUCAAUCACUUUUACACACAAGUUGGAAAGAAAGAGGGCAAGCAGCUUUCUCAGCUGUUGGAUGAAGACCCUGCUUUGAUGGAGCGCAGGCUGCAAUGUGCCAAGAGACUCGAGUUGUAUAAAAAUGCAAGAGAUGAAAUUGAUGCGGUAUCAUGGGCUAGAUAAGGUUUCAAUUUUGUAUAGUCUAAUCAGUACCUUAUGUGGCCUUUCUUGCGUCGUGAAUCUUUCCCUUCCCCCAUUAUGCAAAAUUUAUUAUGCCUCGUUUUCUUGUCAAUUGUUGUUGGCUCGCAUAUUUUGUAAUUACU